AUGUCGGUGCCAUUUAGCGGGACACUGCGCCGUUCUGGCGGCAUCGUCUCGGCCAUUGGCAAGCAGCUGAAGAGCGUUAACCUGAAGGGCGUCAAACGCAUCACCGUUCAAUUCGAUCCGUUCGCGGAAAACGUCAAGUCCACUCGCGAAUUCCUGUUCCUGCUUUCCACACCAAAAGUUGUCCAGACGAAUCCCAAGUGCGUUGUCAAAUCGGACAUAGUUUGCGACCGGAAGCCGGCCUCCAUUAAGUUUUCCCUCAUAGAUUCCGCACAAGAACAAGCCAAAGUCAAGGAGAUUCGCUUCAACAGCGAUAAUCUGAACACCCUAGAGCUCCUGCAGCUGUGCAACAAACACGUAUCGUCCCUGGCACCACCCGAAGAAGUAACCAACAAGGUUCUGACCAAGGCGGAGAAACAGAAGCUUGGAGGCGGAGCAGGCGGCGGCAAAAAGGCACCAAAAAAGAAGUAGAAUCACGAUGGUGAAGAAGCACAAAGGAACCCUGGCUGUGAUCGAACAGAUCUACCAGGAUAUACCGGCAUUUUCCGACAUAUUCACCGAGGAGGGCUUCUACAUGUUUGCCUUUUGCUUCGUGUGCGCCACCUUUCUGGUGGCCUUUAUUCUCUCCCGUUUUAUCACCAUUAAGCCCGUUGACUUUUAAGCCAAAAGUUUGUCAAAUUCUGCACACCACGUACAUUAAAACAAAAAUAUAUAAGCUUUAACAUGUAA